AUGGGAGUCGUGGGGCCCAACGGGGCCGGCAAGAGCACCCUGUUCAACGUCAUCACCGCCCUGCUGCCGGCCACCUCGGGUAGGGUGCUGAUCCACGGCAGGCCCAUGACGGAAUCGAGGGGUGUGGUCGCCUACGUCCCCCAAUACGAGCGGGUGAAUUCCCGCAUCCCUGCGAGCGCGUGGGACGUGGUGAUGCAGGGCAGGGUGCGCCAUGCCGGAUGGUUCAGGCGCCCGGGCCGCGCCGACCGCGACGCCGCUGAAGCGGCCCUGAACCGGGUCGGCAUGUGGGACCGCCGCAAGUCCCUGAUCUACGAGCUUUCAGGAGGUCAGCGGCAGCGGAUCUUCGUGGCCCGCGCGCUGGCACAGGGCGCCGACAUCCUGCUGCUGGACGAGGCGUUCAGCGGCGUGGACAUCGCCUCGCAGACCGCCCUGAUGGACGUGUUGCUGGAGCUGCGGGACGAUGGACGCACCAUCAUGAUGUCUUCGCACGACAUCAACCACAUGGCCCACUACUGCGACGAGUGCCUCUGCCUCAACUGCAACGUGUGCGCCUGCGGACCGCCCGGCGAGGUGCUCAACGAAGACGUUAUGACCAGCUCUACGGGCCCUUCGGGUCGGCAUUGGUCGGGGCCCUUCCAGUACGGGUUCAUGGUGCGGGCGCUGAUAGUGGCCAUCGUAGUGGGCGUAAUGUGCCCAGUGGCCGGAGUCUACGUGGUCACCCGCGGCCUGGGGUUCAUGAGUGACGGACUGGCCCACUCGGUGCUGCCUGGUAUCGUGGCCGCGUCCAUUCUCGGGGUGGCGGCGGCCAGCGUUUUCGCCGGCGGGAUCCCCAUGGCCAUCAUCAUGGCGCUGCUCAGCGGCUACCUGAUCAAGCGGGCGGGGGUGGGCGAGGACGCCUCGGUGGGCAUACUGUUCGCGGCCCUGUUCGCCAUCGGCGUGAUCAUGAUCAGCAUAGCCUCCUCGCAGGGCGUGUCGGUCCAGGUCAGGCUGGAGGAUAUGCUCCUGGGCAACGUGCUGGGCGUGCCCAGGGUCGAGAUGUACGUGACGCUGGGCGUGGCCGGCGCCGUAAUGCUCACCCUCUUCGGUCUGCAUAAAGAACUCGUCUUUUCGAACUUCGAUCCCACGGGCGCAUCGGUAGUUGGACUUCCCACGGAAAAGCUGGAAUACAUCCUCCUCGCUCUGCUGGCCAUGGUCGUGGUGGUCGCCCUGCAGGCGGUGGGAAUAAUCCUGGUCAUCUCGAUGCUCAUCACCCCCGCCGCCGCAGCCCUGCAGCUGACUCGCAGCUUCACCGGGCGCCAUGAUCGUAGCAGCCCUCAUCGGAGUUGCGUCCGGCGUGGCGGGACUGUAUCUUUCCUACCACUUCAACCUGCCGUCCGGACCGGUGAUGGCACUGGUCGCCUUCAGUUUCUUCGUUCUGUCUAUAAGUUGGAAACAGAAGGGGGCAGGCAUCCUGCAACGCCAGAGGGCCUGACAUGUAUGACCUGA